AUUAUAAGAGAACAUAGAGAUUGAAUGAACAAAGAGACUUCAACAAUGGCAAGCAGAGCAUCUCUAUGGUUUCUAUGGCUUCUAAGCCUGUGUUUAACCACAGAGAUCUUAGCAUUAGAAAAUGACUCUUAUUCUUGGAGCAACAUUUUGCAGCUGUUGGAAGCUCAAUGUGUGGCUAAGAGAGGAGAUGAAGAUUUGGAGAAAGGGAAGGAGCUCACUCAUAAGAACUACUGUGAAAGCUGGAGGUUCAAUGUGGAGCUUCACAACAUAAGGGACUUCAACUCUAUCCCUGAUGAGUGUGCCAGCUCUGUGGGCAAGUACAUGUCUUCUUCUCUGUAUAAGUCUGAUGUCCGCCGAGUAGCCGACGAGGCGUCGCGCUUCCUCACCAACUCCUUUCGCCUUGCCGGCGACAGCCGGGAUGCCUGGGUGUUCGAUGUCGACGAUACUCUCCUCUCCACAGUCCCGUUCUACAAGAAGCACCACUUUGGGGAAAUUGUUGAUUGCCGGAGCGAUCCACCAGACAGAGCAUCGCUGGAGAAAUGGAUGGCGAAGGGAAAGGCGACAGUGAUCGACGACAUGCUUAGUCUCUUCCGUGAAAUCAACAGCAAAGGGCUGGACAUCUUCAUCAUCUCCUGGCGGCCGGAGCAUCUCCGCGCCGCCACCGUCGACAACCUUUUCAAAGCUGGCUAUCAUGGAUGGACCAAGCUCAUCCUCCGGUGUGAUGAGGAGAGCUAUGUUGAUGCACAGAGCUAUAAAUCAGAGCAGAGAAAGAAGUUGGUCGAGCAAGGAUAUCGCUUGUGGGGCAUUGUUGGUUCUCAGUGGAGCAGUCUUAAUGGCCACUCUACAGCCAAGAGAGCUUUCAAGCUCCCAAAUCCCAUGUACUACUUGUGAUCCUCUUCUGGAAAAAAAUUUGGGUUAGCAUAAUUUUUUUAUCAAAUUUUGGUUCUUAAAAUUAUUAGAUUUAUUUGAGAUGAGUGUAAUAAAUGAAGAAUUAAUUUAAAUUUAUAUUACACUUAUCUCAUAAUAAAUUUAAUAAUUUUAAGAUCUGUUCUAAAUAAGAAUUUGAUAAAAAUAUGCUGAGCCAAUUUUUCUCUUUUCUUAGCGUUGUAAUAUCAGCAAUCUAUUUCUGCUGCUUGAAAUUUCCUGGGCUGUGUGUUGAGUGUUCGAAUGCUAGUGAAGUAGAGGAAGAACUUUAUAUAAAUAAAUAGCCUGCAAGAUCUUGAGAUGCAGGAUUUUAUAUAUAUAUAUAUAUCGAGU